AUGAUAGCGUCAACGUUACCUUCAGAAAUUUUAAUAGAAAUUUUUAGUUAUCUUCAUCCAAAAGAUCUUUAUUCACUUUUAUCAGUAUGUAAACGUUAUCGUACAUUAUUAUGGUCAAAAACAUCAACGACAACUCAACAUGUAUGGCGUUCCUCAAGGAUUCGUUACAUAUUACAUCCAACUUUCGAACCACCUGUUAAUAUGUGUGAACAACAAUAUAAUUAUUUAUUAGUAGUGGUGAAUGUUUGUCAAUUUUGUGGUGAAUUUCGAAGACUUUCACUAACUAUGCAUUGGGAAUUUCAUAUGUAUUGUUGUAAAGAAUGUUUAUCGCAAAGAUGUGUUAGUCGAAUUACACUUGUAGAGAAAUGGAAAUUAUUUGAAGAAUUAUUAACUUGUUUACAACCGAUAUUAACCCCACCGACGAAUCAAAAAAUAUUUUUAGUCUCGGACGUAAUGACAAAGUUGAAUGAAUAUUUUAAUAUUGAAGAUGAACAAAAGCGACUUGAUUGGAUACAAGAAACCAAAUUAAAAGUUAUUAAUAUGACGAGAGUGCAUAAGAAAUACAAAACUCAAUUUGAUUUAAUUAGGUAUAGCGUUAAGGAAAGGAUUCAGAGAUUAAUAGAUAGAUUCAAAUUUUAUCAAGUUACCUCUACUCAAGUUUAA